UAUCGCGUGCAGCAUUUUGGGAAAUGUAGUUUUUGUGAAAAAGAGGAAGUUAUCCUAGACGGUGUAAUGGACGACACGGAGUCUAAAAUUAAAAAGCGUGUCCUCCCGUCCUGGAUGAUCAAUGAUAACUCCCAUCCGAAGAAGCGGUGUACCACAGAGGCAAAGGGGAGGAAGAAGACACAAGGUUCGUCCCGGAAUAGAACUGUGUACUGUAUGAACGAGAAGGAGCUGGUGGAGUGCGCACUGGAGAUACUGAACCAGGGUAAAGUACAUAGAGACAUCGAGGAGAAAAACAAAAGUGAACUACAAGAAGAUAAAGAGGACUCCUCCCUCGAUACAGACAUUGAUAAGAAGCCGGUGAUACCCCCCACAUCCGACAAGCCACAAACUAUUCCGCUGUCGUCUGAUGAGCUGAAGAACGACUCAGAUGACGACCCCUUAAAAUACGUCAGGGAGAUUUUUUUUUGCUGAAGAUCUGUGACAAAGGUUUUUUCUGUUUAUGUAUUUUAUCGUUAGAUCAUGAUGUUCAACUUUCUAAUAGACUUCAAGAUCUAUACUUCCUGGCAAUGAAUGGAAAUAUAUCUGUUUACACCCAGAGACAGAAGGCCAGUUCAGACCUAAUGCAUCUUACAACUGAGGAUUUGUGGGAGUUGUCUCUAAUCUGGAUAAUCCUGUAUGCAUGGGUCAGGGGUUGCCUGUUUUCUGUAUUGGUGGAGGUCCCAGUUGCUGGUUCUAGGAUCACUGGGCGGUGUGCAGGUUCUCACCAAACUCCCAUGGCAGCGGUUCUCACCGGGAUUUUAAUAAUGCCACCCCUCUGCCUCUUUUGGCAUUCACCUUCACAUUUGCCAUCACACCCUAUUAAUAAGGUCAAUGACUCAACAGAAAAUAAUGGUAACAUCUCAAAUAACUCUGACCUCUGUCAUCUAUCAGAAGAGACAUGUACUGUACAUAAAAAUAUAAAAAUUCACGUGGAGGAAUAUUGACCAGACAAAAUCCUGGAAUCAUGGAGGUGGAAUGGCCAUGGUAGACCAUGUAUUACUGGCAUCAGACCACACUGAAUGGCCCAACUUUAACCCUAUUUGAACACCUUCAGGACCAAUACAGUUUUG